GGGGAGUCACAAGUCUCCUCCGGCUCACAAUGGCACCUUAUGCAAGUUUCCUGCUCCUGGCCGCUCUCUGCAUUGGGACAGCCCAUUCCCUGCAAUGUUACACGUGUGUCGCUGCGACCAGCAACAGCAACUGCAAGACAGCGACUACCUGCUCAGCCACACAAGGCUACUGCGAGACCAUUGUAGGAAGCGCUACAUUCCUUGGAGUUACAGCGACCUCAAUAACCAAAUCCUGUGCAGCCACCUGCACAGCAACCGGCGGGAGUGCCCUAGGGAUGGCGUCGGCCUACACAUCCUGCUGCACCAGUGACCUGUGCAACGUCAGCGGAGCCAACAGCAUCAAGUCCGGCUCUGCCGCCAUUUUCCUGGUGAUGGGAACCAUCCUGAUGCUCAUCAGCUCAUCUCUGAUAUGAGAAGUGAGAUAACAGAUUGUCCAACCGGCAUCAAUAAACACGAUGUGAUGUGAAAGCUU